AUGAGUGAUUAUUCUGGCCGAAGGAUGUCCUCAUCAACACCUGUUAGUGCUCGUCCCAUCACUGACAUCCCUAGAAGGGCUUCCAUGGCAAGACUCACCACUCCUCCAAUCAGCAUAUCACAUACCCAAGGUUCAGGUCAUGUGAUACAUGCCUAUAGACAGCAUUUGGGUUCCAAUUCACCCUCUUUUCUGGAAGGUUAUGGCCAGCUAAAUAUGUCUCCUGCUUCCAGGGUUAAUAGAUAUAGUGCAAGGGCAGAGUCCGCAGCCAUUGAUUCCGAGGACGAAGAGUCCAGCGGUUCAUCUUCUGUCACUAAUAGUCAUCCGUCUCAUCCACGAGUUUCUUCAUCCUUUGGUUCUGUUCUGGAUGAUGCUACUAUUCUGAAAAACGUUGGAAGGCAUCUUCCCACUGAUUCAGAACACUCGCUGCAACUGCAAGGUGGCGAUAUUACCAGAGACUUAUACAAUCUUAGCUUAAAGACUCAACCCCAGCUAAAAAGAUCACGAAGUUUAACUGGUGAAGAUAUUCCUGGAGAAAGGAGAAGUUCUUCUGUUUCUCAGCUGAGACUUCCUGGUGGCUUUCGUAGAGAGUUCAUUGCCCAUAAAAACACUCGCUUUGGCUACCAGCUAAAUAAGCCAACACUGCUUACAAGGAACUUCUUGGAGUUUCUUUCCAUUUAUGGUCAUUUUGCUGGUGAGGAUCUUGAAGACGAAGACUUUUUGGCCUGCGAUUACGCAGAAGAUGAUAAAUUUCAUGACGAGGAGACUCCUUUGAUUAACGAUUCUGACGAUCAAUUAUCUCCAGGUCAUUAUUUGGGUCGAAGUCUGAAACCUCGUCCAAGGGGUAAAGCUUCCACCAUGAAGUCCUUUUUUCUUUUAUUCAAAUCAUUUGUUGGUACCGGUGUUUUAUUCUUACCAAAGGCCUUUGCCAACGGAGGUCUUUUUCUGUCUAUUGGCUUACUUGUAUUCUUUGCUGCUCUAUCCUACUUUUGUUACUUGAUUCUAGUUCAGUCCAAAGUGAAAACAGGUGUUUCUUCCUUUGGUGAUAUAGGUGGAGUCUUGUAUGGCAAAUAUAUGAGAGUACUGAUUUUAUCUUCUAUUGUGCUUUCUCAGAUUGGCUUUGUCGCUGCGUACACAGUCUUUACUGCGGAGAACCUUCGUGCUUUUCUGAACAAUGCUUUCGGAAUACAGAUGGGCAUCAGUCUUUUGAUCUGCUUGGAGGCCGUAUUUUAUCUACCUAUGUCUUUAGUGAGAAACAUCACUAAGCUUUCCAUGGCUGCCCUCGUUGCAAAUGUUUUUAUAUUGUCAGGAAUAUGUACCAUUGUUUACUAUGCUUCUUCUGACUUGAUUGAAAAUGGUCCCGCCGCUGAUAUUACAAUGUUCAACAGUGAUAGAUGGACUUUAUUUAUUGGCGUGGCAAUAUUUGCAUUUGAAGGAAUUGGAUUGAUUAUACCUGUUCAAGAAUCCAUGCAGAAUCCAGAAGACUUCCCCAAUGUUUUACUUGCCGUAGUGGUUGCAUGCUCUGUUCUCUUCAUUGGUAUCGGCGUAUUGGGCUAUUUGACAUAUGGAGAAGACGUGAAAACGGUUAUCAUCUUAAGUCUUCCUCAAGACUCCCCCUACGUGAUAUCUAUUCAACUCUUUUAUCCCAUCGCUAUCAUGUUUUCGGUUCCUAUUCAACUUUUACCUGCUAUUAGGAUCAUGGAAAGAAGAGUCUUCAAAAAGAGAUCUGGUAAAAUCGAUCCUGUGACUAAAUGGCAGAAGAAUAUAUUUCGAAUUUGUAUCGUCACCUUGACUACCAUAAUUGCAUACUAUGGCUCUGCAGAUCUUGACACUUUUGUGUCAUUCGUUGGAUGCUUUGCUUGUAUUCCUUUGGUCUACAUGUAUCCUCCAAUGCUACAUCUACGAUCUUGCGCUGAGUCGUUUUCCGCCAAGGUGCUUGACAUAUUUAUUACUCUUUUGGGACUGAUUGCACUUUGCUAUACUACCUAUCAAAUAUUAUUUCCAUGA